AUGACAUUACUCGCUACUGCCUCCGCUGACAAUACCAUAAAUAUCUACUCCGUCCCUUCCAACCCGGUGCCUGGAGUGCCAUUCAGACUCCUACGUACUCUUCGUGCACAUCUGGCGGGCGUUAAUGCCAUCGCAUGGUCAGCCGUGGGACCACCAUAUUCGUUGGCCUCGGCUAGUGACGACAAAUCAAUUCUUCUCUGGUCACCUCUGGCAUCCGACUUCCCUAUUUCACCUUCUCCAAUCACAGGCCACAGCAACUACGUCUACAGCCUAGCAUUUAGUCCGAAAGGCAACAUGCUAGUGUCUGGUUCAUAUGAUGAAGCCAUCUUCUUGUGGGACGUCCGCGCUGGACGUAUUAUGCGUCAAUUACCUGCUCAUUCCGAUCCAGUCGGUGGUGUGGACUUUAUACGUGAUGGCACAAUGGUCUGUUCUUGUGCGGCUGAUGGGUUGAUCCGAAUCUGGGAUGCCAUCACAGGUCAGUGUCUUCGCACACUUGUGGAUGAAGACCGUAGGCCCGUUACGAGCGUACGCUUCACCCCGAAUGGAAAGUAUCUUCUAGCAUGGACGUUAGACAGCUCCAUCCGGCUUUGGCGCUACGUGGAUGGCAGCUGCUUAAAGACAUACCAAGGCCACGUGAAUAAACAAUAUAGCCUAGGUGGAGCCGUGGGUAACUACUAUCCCAACGGCCAGUGGGGUGGAGCUUCUGAGGCAUUUGUGGCUAGUGGCAGUGAAGACGGUGACGUUCUUGUCUGGAAUAUUACUAGCAAGGACCUUCUCUGGCGUGGCAAGGGCCAUAGAGAUGUGGUCUUAGGUGUGGACUACGGACGUACCAAAGAGGGCAAAGGUCUUCUUGCCAGUGGUGGUAAAGACCGAGAUGUUCGCAUAUGGAUGAUCGAUAGCGAAGAGACCAACGAGGAACAGCAAGCUCGCCGGAAGAGUGGUCAAAAAGCCGGCGAAAAUGAUAUGGACCUUAAUAUGACCAUGGAUAUGGAUGAAACUAUGGAUCAGAGGGACAACGAUGCGGCUCGGGGUUUGAUCGGUGGACGUGGAGAAACUGCCUUCAACGGUGAGACGGUUCUCAAUGGUGCCAUGGAUGUCGAUACACCACUGGUCGAACUCAUACGGAGCUAG